AUGAGCGCGACGGAGGGGAAGACGACCCGGGUCUUUGACAAGAGCAAGGUCACCGUCAUCUUCGUGCUGGGCGGACCUGGUGCCGGCAAGGGCACGCAGUGCGCCAACCUUGUGAACGACUUUGGCUUCUGCCACCUCUCUGCUGGCGACCUGCUCCGGGCGGAGCAGAACCGCGAGGGCUCCGAGUAUGGCGAGAUGAUCCGCACCUACAUCAAGGAGGGCCAGAUCGUGCCCAUGGAGGUGACGAUCAAGCUGCUCGAGAACGCCAUGAAGGCCACCGUCGCUGAGAGUCGGUCCGGCGAGGGCUGGGCGGAUGGCAAGGGUCGCUUCCUCAUCGACGGGUUCCCCCGGAAGAUGGACCAGGCGGUGAAGUUCGACGACGAGGUGUGCGAGAGCUCGCUGGUGCUGUUCUUCACGACGACGGAGGAGGAGAUGUCGAAGCGGUUGCUCAAGCGGGGCGAGACGAGCGGCCGGGAGGAUGAUAAUGAAGAAAGCAUCAAGAAACGUUUCCAUGUCUACAAGGAGCAGACGAUGCCCGUCAUUGAGCAUUACACCAAGUUGCAUAAAGUCGCCUCGAUCGAUGCGACCGCUACCAUCGAGGAGGUGCACCAGAAAGCAAAGGCAGUCGUAGAGGAGGUCUUCUCCGGUCAGGCGAGUGGCAACGUCACUGCAUAA